AUGAGAGAAAGAAGAGAAGAGAAGAAAUUAAUUGAUACCAAGAAGAGAACAGAAAUGAGAGAAAGAAGAGAAGAGAAGAAAUUAAUUGAUACCAAGAAGAGAACAGAAAUGAGAGAAAGAAGAGAAGAGAAUAAAAGAUUUGCUGGAGAAUUGCUGGAGAAAUCUAAGAAGAAGAGAAGAGAACAAAUAGAGGAAAACAUAGUUAGGGUCUUUGAGCCAAGGGCUGGGCUAGGAAACAGGGUCAUAGACGAGGUCGCUGAAGCGGAGGUGAAGUAUAACAAGCUGCGGAAAAGGGUUCGAGAGUCUGAAGCUGAGCAUAUGGCGCUGCAUAAGGCUAACAUGGAGAUGAUUAAUGAGUGGAAAGAAAGAGCUGUUAAAUCUAGCGAGAGGCUGGAAUAUCUGGAGUACAAUAACACAGAAACUUCAGACGGUUGGAGUACUCCGACACCAAAUGAUCUAGUUCUGAGGUUGGAACAAAAGAUAUUGGAGCUACAGGGAGAGCUUAAGCAGGUCCGCAACCUGGCAAAUCCCUCACCCUGA